CACAGCCCAGAGAAACCUCCUCAGAGCCUUCAUCCAGCUACCGGCCAGCAUGUCUGGGGGCAAAUACGUAGACUCGGAGGGACAUCUCUACACCGUUCCCAUCCGGGAACAGGGCAACAUCUACAAGCCCAACAACAAGGCCAUGGCAGACGAGGUGAACGAGAAGCAAGUGUACGACGCGCACACCAAGGAGAUCGACCUGGUCAACCGCGACCCCAAGCAUCUCAACGACGAAGUGGUCAAGAUUGACUUUGAAGAUGUGAUUGCAGAACCAGAAGGGACACACAGUUUCGAUGGCAUCUGGAAGGCCAGCUUCACCACCUUCACCGUGACAAAAUACUGGUUUUACCGCUUGCUGUCUGGCCUCUUUGGCAUUCCGAUGGCACUCAUCUGGGGCAUUUACUUCGCCAUUCUCUCUUUUCUCCACAUCUGGGCAGUUGUACCGUGCAUUAAGAGUUUCCUGAUUGAGAUUCAGUGCAUCAGCCGUGUCUAUUCCAUCUACGUCCACACCUUCUGUGACCCAUUCUUUGAAGCUGUUGGCAAAAUAUUCAGCAAUAUGCGCAUCAGCAUGCAAAAAGAAAUAUAAAUGACAUUUCAAGGAUAAAAGUACACCUGAUUCUGUUACCUUUUAAUUGCCUUGGUGCCAACUUCAAGUUUCAAGUUGCUAGAAGAGCAACAAUUUAUGAAUGAAUGAUCUUGGUUCAGAACAAAGAAAUCACUUUCUCAGUUUUCAUAACUAUUAUUUGUCUCUUCUGAGCUAUUUCAUUUCUCUUUUUUUGGCAGUCUGAAAUUUUUAAACCCAUUUAAACUUUUUUUUCUUAUUUGUUUAUUUGCAUGUGGAUCAAUCAUCGUUUUAUUGGCUAAGAUAUGAACAUACUGUUGAAAGAUAAUUUGAAAGAAAUAUGAAGAACAGAGAGGAAAUAAAAGAACCAACCACCUCAACUGCCUACUCUAGAAUGUUGGUUAUUUUAUAGUAAGGAAAGAAUUCCAGGCCCUGGCCGAUGUGUGUACAGGUAUGUGGGCAGAUUUUAAGCAAACUCUAUUCCCACUUUCUGAGAAGUUAGUGAAUUACUGCCAUUCACUUUAAUGGUCCAAUGGGACUAGUGAUCUUUAACAGGUUAGAAAACAAACUCUUCCUCAUUGAUACGAUCCAACUAAUGCCUUACUCUUCUUGAAAUUUUAACCUAUGAUACCAUCUGUGCCUGAAUAUUCAUUAUAUAGAUAACAAGAUUUAACUGCCUUCCUAUUUUUCACAUUUUCUUUUUCAAAUAAGGUUUAACUCAUCAACUUUCAUUAGGUCAGCAGCCUCCCUGAAGACCAAAAUUAGAAAAUCCAUGACCUAGUUCUCCAGUCUUGUUUGUGACUCUGAGUUACAGGGUCUAGUGAAGCUCAGGUCUGCGCUUGAUCAUGUAGCAUGUGUAUUCAUAUCGGGUAUGGUUGACAUUAGCCCGCUGAAACAAAUUAAAGUGGACAAACGGGGCUGAGCCCUCUCUGGGCUGGCAGGCAUGAAGCCAGCUUUCCCUGCCUCUCAUCAGCUGAAUGAGGUCAGCGUGUCUAUUCAGCUUCGUUUAUUUUCAAGAAUAAUUGUGCUUUCCUGAUUCCAAACUAAUCCAUCACCCGGGUGGUUGAGUGGCUCAACAUUGUAUUCCCUUCUCAGCUGAUCAGUGGGCCUCCGGGGAGGGACUGUCAAAAUGGAGGCCAUUGUGUGAGACUGUCAGCGCCAUUGCAAAUAUGACCCCUUCUAAGCAAGGCACUUACAACUGUCUGUUAUGCUGUGACACACGGCCCCUCCCCCUGCCAGGAGCUUUGGACCUUUUCAAGCAUCACUUUGCUCAGAGAUAAGAUGGGGGAGGAGGCAAUAGUAAAAUUUUGCGGUAAUUUUGCUGGAAAAAGUUCAAAUUCUUCUGAACUUAAACUGAGGAAUUUCACCUGUAAACCUGAGUCAUACAGAAAGCUGCCUGGUACAUCCGAAAGCUUUUUAUUCCUCCUGAUGAUUUUGUGAUUCUGCCCUUGGGGACUUUUUUUAAUCUUCAGCUAUGCUUUCAUUUUUAUUUUCAUACACUUAUUGGAACUCUGCUUAAAUUUUUUUUUUUUUUUUGCCUCUUCCAGUUUUCCUAACACUUUAAUUACCAACCUGUUACCUACUUUGAUUUUUUGCAUUUAAAACAGACACUGGCAUGGACAUAGUUUUACUUUUAAACUGUGUACAUAACUGAAAAUGUACUAUACUGCAUACUUUUUAAGUGUAAAGAUAUUCUUAUCUUUCUAUGAGGAAAAUCACUUGGGAAAUGGCUUUGUGAUUCAGUCUGUAAACUGUGUAUCCCAAGACAUGUCUGUUCUACAUAGAUGCUUAGUCCCUCAUGCAAAUCAAUUGCUGGUCCAAAAGACUGCUGAAAUUUUAUAUGCUUACUGAUAUAUUUUACACUUUUUUUAUCCUGCAUGCUCUGUAAAGGUUACAAGUCUGCACAAUAAAAAUGUUUAACAGUUAAA